AUGGCCGACAUCGUGGCGAGAGAGGUGUUUCGCCUUAAUGGAUUGCCCCUGGACAUCGUCUCUGAUCGUGGCCCUCAGUUCAUCUCUGGCUUUUGGAAGGAGUUCUGUGCUCGUUUGGGCAUUCAAGAUCAUGUGUCCAGGGUUCCAUCGGCCCAGGCGGCUGCUCUCAGGUGUCAUCGGGCAUGGAGGAUAGCCUGCAGGAACCUCGUCCGCUCCUCUGCAGUCUACUCCCGCUCGGCCAACCGUCGUUGCAUACCUGCUCCUACCUACAGUCUUGGGCAAAGAGUCUGGUUGUCCACUAAGGAUGUUCCCCUCAGGGUGGAUUGCCGCAAGCUGGCUCCUCGAUUCAUUGGACCCUUCCCUGUGUCUAAGGUCAUCAAUCCUGCAGCAGUACGCCUCCGUCUCCCCAGGCUGCUUCGCAUUCAUCCCACCUUUCACGUCUCCAGGAUCAAGCCCGUCGUCUCCUCGGCUCCUGUGCCCGCCUCCGGACCCCCUCCGCCUGCCCGGCUGGUGGGGGGUGGGCCAGUUUGGGAUGUCAGGCGGCUCCUACGAUCCAGGUGCUGGGGUUGGGGACUUCAGUACCUGGUGGAUUGGGAGGGGUUUGGCCCUGAGGAACACAGUUUGUAAGUCACCGCUUGUCCAUUGGGGACAUUAUUGGGGUGUGGCGUGCGUAUGCCGGAGAGCAAAGGCUGGAGGAAGCUGCUGUGUAUUUCGCCUCGAGACGCAGCAGACUGUGCGUGUUGGUUUGCGCUGAAGAACAGCUGUUUCCGUCAAUCAAAGCCGUCUGAAGACGUUUGAUGCUGCGUUUUGAUGCAUGUGAUAAAGAAACAAUGAAUGAAAUGAAAGAAAUGGAAUGUGAAUUGAAAGAAAAAAGAUCUGCUAAACCCACGGCAAAUGCGCUCGCCUGUAAAAUGGAAAAUUUGCAGAAAGAACGACAAUUCCACGUGAAUAAAAUUAAAGGGUUAUCCCGUGAAAUUAAAGAAUUAAUGAAGAAUAAUGAUAACGCAAAAGAUGUACAAACCAACUUGGAAAGAUUGAAUACAUUGUAUGAUAACGCAAAAACAGCUCAUGAUUCGUUUAUGUUAUUAAUCUCAAAAGAUGAGCACAGCACUCAAGAUGAAUGGUUUGGACGCAUAAUAAAAAGUAAUGCUGCUUUUGUUGAAGACAUGAAGCAGUGGCUUCAUGAAACUGGAAGGUCAUUUAUGAGAACCGGCCAUGUUCAAGAGGCCGUGCCCGUUGUCGCUGGGCCAGAAUUACCUGUUCCUACAGAGAUAAUUUCAUCAAAGGAAGCACAGGACCCACAAGAUGAAAUAAAACCAGAAGAUAGCAUUUCAAAUGUGGGAAGUAAAAGAAGUAAAGGAAGUUCAGCCGGCUCGAACUCCAGAGUGCCAAGUGCAACCUCUGCUCGGAUAAUGGCUGAAGCAGAAACAGCUGCACUGGUUGCCAAACAAAAACUGCUUAAAGAUAAGCAUUCCUUAGAGGAACAAGAGGCACAAUUAAGGAGAAAGAGGGAGCAAUUGGAGCUGGAAAUAGACAUUGCCGCUAGUAUGGCAAAGAUGAAAGUCCUUAUAGGCUCAAAGGGAUCCAGCAUUAAAAGUAAAUCGUCAAUACCAUCUGAUGCUAUGAUGUCAUAUUUUGAAAAGGCAUUAAAGGAAGCAGCAAGUAACGUGUUAGACAUCAGGACUGGUGCUGUUGCAUAAAAAAAACAUGUGCACACAUUACCAGAAUGUAACGCUGCAGAUUCACGACCACUUUUUAAUACAGAUAGAGUCACAACUCAAUCUCAAACCCAUUCUGCAGAUCUCUUAACUUGCCAAGCAAACACCAGUUAACCUGCAAUUCGACAUGUCACAUCUCAGCUUUCUGGUCAAGAGGGAAAUUCCAACAUUAUAUCUGUGAUGAGUAAGCAAAAUGAACUCACAGCUUUACUGAUCCAGCAACAAGGCCUUUCUGCAUUACCCAAGAAGGAGAUGCCAAUUUUCGAUGGUGAUCCACUUCAGUAUCAGACUUUCAUCAGAUCCUUUGAACACAAUAUUGAAAACAGGAAUAAAAAUCCUGGAGACCAACUUUAUUAUUUGGAACAACACACAAGGGGACAACCAAGAGCCUGCACAUGAGCCCAGAAAGAGGAUUUGAAAGAGCAAAGUCUUUAUUACUGCAGCAUUUUGGAAACGAACACAAACUUGCUACAGCUUAUAUGAACAAGGCUCUUUCUUGGGUGUCAAUUUGUCACGAACUCCUCCAGCUGACUGCAUUCCAUUCAUUCCUGCCACCAACGUGGCGACUGACGUCAUCACGCCUUAAGGAAGUGCUGGCGUUUCAUUCAUUGCUCAGUCAUCGUUCUCACCAGACUUUGUAUCGAGUCUCCAGGCUUACCAACCCUCUAAACCCUCAAGCUAAACCUACAGGAGAUAACCACGCCGGUUAUCUCCGUCUCUCCGCGUCUGGGCAACAGAACUCUCAGUCACGCUUCAGAUCUGCCAACGAACCUGACACAAUUAAACCGGGCUCUUCAAUCAUACACAAUAUUUCUUAGAGGUUGUUGUAAUGCUAUGGAGGAUCUGAACUAUAUUAAGGAGCUUGAUAUGCCAGCCAACAUGCUCGCCAUUGUACAAAAGUUGCCCUAUCGACUUAUAAGUAGAGAACAUUUGUCUGUGACUUUUAUGAGAAACAUAAUCAACAAGCUAAAUUCAAGGACAUGAUUGAUUUUCUUGAAAAGCAAGUAAAGAUUGCAUCGGAUCCAGUUUUUGGGGACAUCAAAGAUGUGCACACAAUGAACAAAGACACAAGAAAGCCGAAGUCGCAAGCUUAUUCAAGAUCUAAGGAAAGUUCUUUUGAGACUUCUGUGACAGCAUCUGAAAAGGAAAAUGACGAGGACAAGAAAAUGAAAAUUAAUAAAGAGCAAAUGUAUUGCUUGUUUUGUAAAGGAGACCGUGUUCUAGAAAAGUGUCAAGAGUUUGAAAGUAAAACACAUAAAAUAACCUUUCUAAAAGCAAA